GGACUCGCCCAGCAUAAACGGCCCUGCAGAGACGUCGCCACGACGCCAGUGACGCCUGCUUCCGCUUGCAUGUUCUUCGCCAGCGUUUCUAUAUACGGCGAACCGCCAGGAACUAUACGUGACUAUACGUGAUUCCUGCGACGUACUAGGCUGCCACUGCCGUGACUGCGACUCAGAGGCCGGAGACGCGUCCGGCGUUUCCGCGUAGCCAGCACAUUCUUCGGCCGCUGCAGGACGGGGGGACGUCUAAAGCGCAUGCCCAUCAUUGCUGCGGAAAGCGCGGCGCGAGUCGCGCGGUCCGAACGGGUUUUCCUUGUCGUCUCUCGGAUGGUGUCAUCGAGGGCCAAUCGCGUUGCCAGCGCGUGCCUCGGCCUGCCUUUCCGCCGGCCGACGCCGGGAACGCCGUCGGAACGACUGCAGGUACGCGCGGCAACCGGCGACCGCCACGGCUCUACGCGCGCAGAAGCACAUCCCGCACGCACGAUGGAACUUCCCAGGCGGAUGCGCGAACGGUGCUGACUCCACGUCAAACCCUCGUGCGUGCCGCACCGGAGAACCUCGAUGGACUGACGAACAUCCAAGCAGAAGCGACCGAAGCGUCCCUCGGGGUGGCCCCGCCAUGGCCAUCAACAUCCCGGGCAUCGUGUCCGUGAUCCUCUUCUACAUCGUCAUCCUGGCGGUGGGCAUCUGGGCCGGCCGCAAGAGCAAGAAGACGGGCAGCGAGCCGGGCGACGCCGACGAGGUCAUGCUCGCCGGCAGGAACAUCGGCAUCUUCGUCGGCAUCUUCACCAUGACCGCCACCUGGGUGGGCGGCGGCUACAUCAACGGCACCGCCGAGGCCGUCUACAGCAACGGCAUCAUCUGGUGCCAGGCGCCCGUCGGCUACGCGCUCAGCCUCGUCGUCGGCGGUUACUUCUUCGCCAACAAGAUGCGCGCCGAGGGCUACGUGACCAUGCUGGACCCGUUCCAAGACCUGCUCGGGGGCCGCAUGGGAGGCCUGCUCUUCAUCCCGGCGCUGUGCGGGGAGGUCUUCUGGUCAGCCGCCAUCCUGGCCGCCCUCGGUGCCACCGUGGGCGUGAUCAUCGACAUCGACACGAACACGUCAAUCAUCGCGUCCGCCUGCAUCGCCCUCUUCUACACCUUCUUCGGGGGCCUGUACUCGGUCGCCUACACGGACGUCAUCCAGCUCUUCUUAAUCUUCGUCGGACUGUGGCUGUGCAUCCCCUUCUGCAUGUUGAACGAGUCCGUGGGCACGCUCACGUACCCGACCAACGACUGGGUCGGGUCCCUGGAGCCCAAGUUCAUCGGCCAGUACGUCGACUUCGGACUCCUACUCAUCCUCGGCGGAAUCCCCUGGCAGGUCUACUUCCAGCGGGUGCUAUCGUGCAAGAGCGCCUUCAAGGCGCAACUGCUCUCCUAUGUGGCUGCCUUCGGCUGUAUCAUCAUGGCCAUCCCCGCCAUGAUCAUGGGUGCUGUGGCCAAGGCCACCAGAUGGAACGAAACGGAGUUCACGGGUCCCCUGCCCCUGGACAAGGAGCACACGUCGCUGGUGCUGCCCAUGGUGCUGCAGUUCCUCACCCCCGGCUUCGUGUCCUUCGUGGGACUGGGCGCCGUGUCCGCCGCCGUCAUGUCCUCGUCGGACUCCUCCAUCCUCAGCGCGGCCUCCAUGUUUGCCAGAAACGUCUACAAACUCAUCUUCAGACAAAACGCAUCCGAACGAGAGGUCAUCUGGGUGAUGCGCGUGGCCAUCCUCUUCGUGGGCGCCAUGGCCACUGCCAUGGCCCUGACAGUCAAGUCCAUCUAUGGCCUGUGGUACCUGUCCUCAGACCUGGUGUACGUCAUCCUGUUCCCGCAGCUUGUGUCCGUCGUGUACAUGAAGCAGCACUGCAACACGUACGGCUCCCUGGGGGCCUACAUCAUCGGGCUACUCCUGCGGGGCCUGGGCGGGGAGGACAUCCUGGGCCUGCCGGCUGUCAUCAGGUACCCUUUCUACAAUGAGGUGGACGGGCAGCUUUUCCCCUUUCGCACCCUGGCCAUGCUGGUCAGCCUGGCCAGCAUCGUGUCUAUCUCCACCUCUCUGAAAUGGGCCUUCGAGUCCGGCCGGAUCCCCGCGCGCUUCGACAUAUUCCACUGCAUUGUCAACAUCCCAGAGGACGUCAUCAAGGUCCAGGAGCCCCAGGAAGGCGAGAUGACUGUGCUCAACGCCUGCGGGCUCAAGAGCUACCAGACCGAGAUGAAUGGGAGGGUCAACCCCGCCCUCAACCUGCACCCCGAGGAGGACGUGCAGGGCUUCUCCGGGACCUCCCCCGGGGGGCGGGAACCCCCGUUCGGGGCCCCGCCACCGCUGGCGGAUGGCGCCGCCCGAGACCUGCCUGAGGACAAGCUGUGAGCUCGGCAGAUGUUCGGAAGGGGCCCAGCUCGGGGCCCGGCCUGGGGCCCGGUUUGGGGUCAGGGGUUGUAACGAGGUUGCAAAAAAAACAGGCACCCGGCUUGUCAAGCUCGAUAGGGGGCAAGACCCCAUAUCAAGCUUGAUAAACAAGAAUAAUCUAUUGUUACCAGGUUUAAACUUGUUAAAAAAAAAAACAGAAAACAACUGCGUCUGCAGCUUUAUCGGCGGAAAAAGUGUGACGUCUCGUUGUAUACACUUAUGUUUACACCAUGUGUUAAGAACCCAAGCACGGUUCUAAAUCGUGCGAGGGGUUUCAUAGGCAGUUGGACUAUCAAACAACACGACGUGAGUAAAACCGCAAGAUACGCAUCAUCCGAGGUUGAAUGUUGCGGAGAUGGGAGAAAAGUAACGAUUGCACAGCACAGCAAAUGACAAUAACGUCACAGAGAUAUACAAGGUUAGCCGACGCAGAGAUAUCCUUGAUAGGUGACAGUGGCGCGAGACAAUCACGUCAAGUUCAGAACUAUAGGAAUUCCUCCCAGAUUCUUUGCCCGCAAUACUGUACAGACCCGGGCUAAAAUAUAUGCAGGUUGUUCCUGUCGCAAAGUUUUAGUAUACUAUAGAGCCAUUAUUUCCGUUAUUUCCGCUCACAGGGGAGGGGGGCGGAAACUUGUUAAUUAUGACUAAGCAAUUUACAAUCAAGAGGGAGCUCUUGAUUUCAAUCUUUUCUCUCUACACUAAUGCGCGAGGAGCGAGGAGCUUCAAGAGCUCCUCACAGACAUUGUUUUGUCUCCUUGCAAUUGGCAAACUGCUGAAAUGAAACCCCAUAUCCCACUCUAAAACAUGGAGCAGAUCGCUUUAAGGCUCCGACAAGCCUAUGGCAGAACGCAAAUCAGCUGCCUUUGGGAGCAACACUAAAUGCCCCAGCACUUGCAGUGUGCUCACGAUGACAAUCACUUUUUUUUAAUGUACCCACGGUAUUCCCAUCGAGGGGAAAUGCAAAGCGAGCAUAUAGCUCUGACAAUCACUCCUGUUCAGGACCGCCCAACUGCUCUGGUGUUGUUGCACUUCUAAUGCAUUUAUCCCAAGCCCUUGGAGUAAAAAGUUGUGCUGUCCUGGCCUGUUCCAGGUCAGUUUGCCCUCUUAUGUGAAUGCAGCUACAGGUUGUUGGUCAGUGACUGUGAUAGCAGUUGUGAUUCGAAACGAUCAGGUUUCCUGCAAUAACACUGUUGGCUGAGGCAGAUUCCUUUUUCUUAACAUUGUUUAAUAUAUAGCAUAUAUAUACACAUAUCCUGGACUGUGAAGGAGAAAUAAGUGUAUAUACAACCAUUAAGCUCGUAACAAAAUGAUUUAUUUUGGCACGCAAUUAGAACAGCUGGUAUGUGAUCAUUGCAAACCUUCGCCUUUUUGAUGCUGAGACAAUCAAACCGGCUUGAGUUUCUGAAGCAGAAGAAACUCUUUCGAAGUGCUGGUUACAGCAAGAUGGGGCUUCAGGUGGCAAAUGAAGUAGGAAGUUCCCUCCUGCAUUCCAUGCUGGAAUGCAAGUGUAUGUCAUAGGAGAACCAUUCCCAAAGAGAAGGUCAACAUUGUCCAAAGAGACCGUUAGUCUCCAAAUAAUUAUAGUUGUUAUUUUUUUAAUUUGUUGUAUCCAUUCCUUGACCCGUCAUUACAAGGAGCAAGACAUGCGUGUUUUGUUGGCUUCUUUGCUCCGUCUUGUCGAUGUGAGUGUGCAUUUGUGUAAACGAUGGUCUUUAAAAAAAUGUGUUUGCUGUUGUGACGUACAAACAGUUGACAAUCAAGUGUUUAGUGUGUGCAUGACAUAGACUGUAUUAUACACGUUUUUGGGUCGAGUUGCUUUUUUUGAGAAACAUAUAUAAAGUGCAAUUAGAUGUGGAGACGAAAAAUACAAUGUUGUGGGAUGAUGCGCCGUUGCUGCGAAAAUUUGUUCCCAACUAUGAGGCGCACUACGGCCAAUACAUAAACCCUAUUUUAGUAGCCAUUGUUACAGAGAGCCUAGAUAUUAAAUUAUGAAUGCCGAUAGCAUAAUUAUAGCUCUGGCCCACCAAGGAGACUCUGAUUGGUGUUUGUCGACGAUUUUGUCGAUCACUUGUCCCGCGAUGUCGUAGGAAUUGCAUUUACCCACUACAAUUUACACUGCAGCAGACAAUCAAAGAUGUGUGAGGUGGUAAGGUUCGAGGGUGAACACAGGUGGAAGGUUUUCAAGGGACUCUGAGGACAACUCAAAAGAUUUUUAUUUUAUAAAAUCACUACUACUCAUUUUUUGAUGGUCUCAAUAUACUGUCCAAGUUUUCGCCAGAAUUCUAUGACAAAUAAUUCUUCCCAAAAUGAAGCGCAUGAAAAUAGGUGAAAACUGAAUGCAAUGAUCCAAUUGAACUCUGAGAUAGAAUCAUCACUAUUUCUGGGGGCAAGAAAUUGUCUCAGUGGAUGAGCAGUCGGACAGUAUUAUUUAAGUAUACCCCUGCUGCUUGUUGCAAGCAUAAAAUUAAACUUGUGAAGUCACUGAAGUGUCCCUCUCCGAACAUCUCCGCUUUUAAUAAUGUACUCUAAGGGAUGGCCAUGAGUGUUUGGCAAACAUCCGGCUGCUCAAUCGUGCGAGGCCUGUGCGCAAACACCUCUUCUGGCGCAACUUACUGGAUGACGAAGUAAGCCACAUGCCCGCUUAAGGGGAGACCCUGGUCUUAAUAAACAAAAAUAUAAAAAAAAAGUUUUUUUUUAAAUAUUUAAGUUACAAACAACAUAUGCCGCACAUACUAUACCCAGGAAGCGCAUAUUUAUAUAGUUACGUCGAUUCAAAGUUUCGCAUCCAGGCUGCUUGCUAGCACAUCUCGAAAAGCCCUUCCUGUU